GAACAGAGCAUCGGUCACUGUCCAGCUUGUUCUCAGCGCUCUCCUUAUCCUUCCGUUCGGGAACAGAGCGUCGGCCAUUUUUUCGCCUGUUCUUGAAACCCUGUUUCUCUGAAACUCCGAGGGUUGGCCCCUGUCCGUCUCGGAAUCCCUCACUCACCCGUUUUCCCGAAUAGCUGUCAACCUGAGUAGAACACCGAAUCGCAGGAAGCUUAGUUUUCCAUUUUCCGAAAUUUCACCGAAUGUUAGUACCGACCGUCACCGAUUUGUCAGUGGUGAAUUUAUUUAUUUAUGAUAAAUAAAUGGGAGUACAUAUAUUGGAAGAAGUUUUUUCCUGAUCAAGACCCCUGGUGUACAUUUUUCUCCACUGCUGUUACCCGGACGGCGACUUUUUGUAGGACAUCCGGGUCUCACACAGAAAGUUCGUCACAAGCUGUACACGGAGGUCCAGAACUCACAGGAAUACUCACGCAGAACAUAACGAGAAAUUUUAAAAACCCCACUAUAUCACGCUAAUGGACUAAGGAAGCAGAUUAUCGAGUAUGUUAAUAAAUGCCUGCCAUGUCACGCCGUAAAAACGCGUCAAGUACAAAAAGAAACUCCCCAAAAACCCCACACCACACAAUCACCUUUCGAGGUGAUAAGUAUAGAUGUAUUGGGGCCAUUCUCCGAAACGCCAAGAAAUAACAAAUACGGAGACCCUAGACAAAUUAUCUCCGACAACGCAUUAGUAUUCCAGUCAUAAAUACCUCAUCAUGGUCAGCAAAAGCAAAUACAGCCAUAUCAUACAGCUGUCUACUUCCAACGGGAGAACCAGGUCGAACGAAAAGUUGCCGACUUUAAAACCAUUCUUCGAGCCCUCAUGCAUAAUCAACAGCGACGAAGGAAUUGGGAUCAGCACCACGAGCCCUAACAAUAACAACGCCGACGCAAAAACCGAGCUACAGGAGAAUCUACAGCAACCGCUCUCCUACGUUACGAAGCAGCUGCACAAGGUGAUUGAGAAAUUCCCGAAUUUCAAAGAAGACGAAGGCGACCUCGAGAGGAUGCGCGGUUAAGACGCCAAACUAUUAUCGCUCGACAAUUAAAUUUCAAUCAUCAAACUUUCCCACGUCGAGACGAUAAUCCUACCGUUACUUCCAAGUCGGAGAGAUGGUAAUGGUGAGAGAGCACAAUCCGCCAAAUCCCUUUGCAUCUACAUGGGCAGGACCAUUUCCCGUUAUCCUUCGAAACUCAUCACAAAUAUACGAGGUAGGCAAGAAUGGAAGGCAAUUCAAAUACCACGUCGAUCAACUUAGAACGGCCCCACCAAGGAACCCACCGUUAGAAGCAGAUGAUUCCAGCGAGGAAAAAUAUUGAAGCAAAAUAAAAUUGCUGCGACAUUGCUAUCAUUUACAAAUGAAACCUUAAAAUUGUAAAAGUUUUUACAGUCGGUUUGCAAGAAAUGAUCACUUUGCGAAGAAACAUUAAUUUAGCAACUUUG